AUGAACAGCUUCGUAGUAGUCGCCCUAGCUGUUUUAGCUUGCACCGUCUUAUCCGAUAAACGCUACUAUAGCCAUGGCUCUGGCGAGUUCGGCGAGGGUCAUCACGGAAAAAAUCAUGGUUCUUCGUACAACAAGGGUUACACCAAAGGGUUCGAAAAAAAGGGAUACGGUGAAUACGGCAGUCACAAGUACGGUGGGUGGAAAAACUAUGCUAGAGGCGAGGAACGAGGAUCACAGUAUGGAUCCGAAUACGACAGAGACCACGAGCAUGACGAGCACCAUUACGAAGGACAUCGCAAGGGAUACAAAUACUUCACUGAUGGACACAACGACCACGAUCAACCGAAUCACGACCAUGACAAUGGCCACGGUCAUGGUUAUGUCCACGAAGUCAAUCCGUCAAACCAACAUGGCGAUCAUCGUGGCAAUCACGAUCAUCAUGCCGAACCUGGCAUGUCUUCUAGAAAUCAGCACCGCGGUAAGGAUGUGAAAGCUUGGGUUGGGUCAAUCACAACACAACACUUUUCAAUCGUUCCGUCAAUCGAACUGUUACAGGCCGUAGAGACGAUUGCGGGCAUCAACGCUACUAAACUAGUACUAGAUCCGAUGAAGCUGACAAAUAAUGUUUUGGAUGCUAAUGUAAAUAAAUUCAAGACAUCAAUAAACAUAUGUAUUACAUAUUCCUUUUGCUACUGA